AUGUCUCUUUGUGAACAAUACUUCCCAGACGAACCAAAAGCUCCAGUAGUCGUUAGCACUGAAAACCCAAAAACUAAAGCUGCUACUGCUUCUUUAGAUAAGGUCUUUGAUGCUAGAGCUGCUAGUUUUGUUGCCGAUUAUUCCAAAUCAGUUGGUAAUUAUAUUUGUGAUGUUGAUGGUAACUAUUACUUGGAUGUCUAUUCCCAAAUCUCAUCUAUUCCAUUAGGUUACAAUAACCCUGAAUUAAUCAAAGUUGCUAAAUCUGAAAAAAUGAUUAGAGCUAUUGUUGAUAGACCAUCUUUAGGUACUUAUCCAGGUAAAGAUACCGAAGAAAUCGUUUCCGAAAUCUUGAAGGUUGCUCCAAAGGGCCAAGAUAAACUUUGGUCUGCAUUAUCUGGUGCUGAUGCUAAUGAAUUGGCAUUCAAGGCUGUUUUCUUCUGGUAUCAAUCCAAGAAAAGAGGAUACAAGACUAACUUUUCUGAAUCAGAAAUUACUUCAGUCAUGAAAAACCAAGCUCCUGGUUCCCCAGAAUUAGCUAUCUUAUCUUUUGAACGUGCUUUCCAUGGUAGAUUAUUUGCUACUGGUUCUACUACUUGCUCCAAACCAAUUCAUAAAUUGGAUUUACCUUCUUUCAAAUGGCCAAAGGCUGAAUUCCCAUCUUAUAAAUAUCCAAGAGAAAAGUAUGUUGAAGAAAAUGCCGCCGAAGAUAAGAGAUGUUUAGCUAUUGUUGAUACCCUUUUCAAGACUUGGCAUUGUCCAAUUGCUGGUCUCUUGGUUGAACCAAUCCAAUCUGAAGGUGGUGACAAUCAUGCAUCUGCUGAAUUCUUCCAAGGUUUAAGAGAUCUUACUUUGAAACACGGUGCUUUGUUGAUUAUGGAUGAAGUCCAAACUGGUGUUGGUGCUACUGGUGUCAUGUGGGCUCAUGAACAUUUCAACAUUUCUCCACCAGCUGAUUUAGUUACCUUCUCUAAGAAGUUCCAAUCUGCUGGUUAUUUCUUCCAUGACCCAGAACUUGUUCCAAACUUUGCAUACCGUCAAUUCAACACUUGGUGUGGUGAUCCAGCUAGAAUGAUCUUAGGUGGUGCUAUUGGUGCUGAAAUUCUUAAGCAUGAUUUAGCAACUAAGGCACAAAAGGUUGGUGGUUACUUAUUCAGCAAAUUAGAAAAAUUACAAGAAAAGUAUCCUAAGUACAUGAAAGAUCUUAGAGGAAAAGGUAGAGCUACUUUUAUUGCUUGGUCUUUAGAAGACAGCGCUACUAGAAACAAGUUCUUGGUUGACAUGAAGAAGGCUGGUGUUAAUAUUGGUGGAUGUGCUGAAGACUCUAUCAGAUUAAGACCAACUUUGUUAUUUGAAGAAAAGCAUGCCGAUGUUUUACUUGAACGUAUUGAACAUGUUUUAUCAAGUUAUUAA